GUGGAGAGAGAGAGGGAGAGAGAAAGAAAGAGAAAGACUCAGGGGAGCUAAAUGGUUUAGUAAGUAAAGGAAUUGAAGGAAAAAAGACUGAAGCAAAGGAAGAAGGAAAUACGGAUGUGUAAAAAACUUGGAUCUAGUUUUUUUUCCAUUCAGCAGCCGCCGGCUUCCCUGGAUCUACUUCUUGCCAGCACUGCCACGUGCUCCCCACACAUACACAUACACACACACACACACACACAUUUCAGGGUCUGCCAGACGGGGGUAUGUGGCUCCAUCCUGGAUCGCUCUCAUCUCUGGAUAUGCCUCUGUGGUCGUAGCACUCGUCUGUGUGCUUGUGUGUGAGCAUGGGAGGUGCAGAGCUUGCCGAUGUGAUAUGGAUCUAGCAAUUUGACUCCGGGAAUCCUUUAAAAAAAUUUGCCAGCAUGAAAAUAUGACGAGAUUCGGGCAUGUUCAACGAAAGCCACAUCUGGACUUUCUCCUCUCUUUGGGAGAGAACGGACACAUCUUUAACCUGACUUGUAGCCUUUAAAUUUUUAUUAUUAUUUUUUUUUCACAUUGAAAGGUCAUAAUGGUUCGCUUGUGAAUGCGACGUGUGCUUUUGUGAGCCCUUGCACACUCCCAAGUGCGUUUACGUGUGAUGUGGUCAGCGGGUCAAGUGCCACUGGCGAUGCCCGUUGUGUGCCCGCAUGUAGGGGGUAAGGAGUGGUGCUUUCAGGAUGCAGUCGGGGUGGACUGCAGCUCUCCAGAGCCUCGCUGUAUCUGGGUGGCGGUUUUACACGGAGAUACACAGCAAAUUAACAUUUCCAACCUCCAAAAUGACUCUUCUAUGAACAAAAAUGGCAUCAGUGCUGGGAAAGCGCUGUCGAGACCCGCACAGACCUCCAGGGCAAAAGGGCGGAGAGAUGGGCUCUCUUCAUCCAGUGAGAACCCUCGGCCGGUGGUCCGGAGUGGGACAGAUGGGCUGGGCGUGUCCUGGCAGGGUCCACGCACGCUGGUGCUCCAAAAGAACUCUCAGGGCUUCGGCUUUACGCUGCGUCACUUCAUCGUUUACCCACCAGAGUCCGCUCUGCACACCACUCUCAAGGAUGAAGAGAACGGGAAUGGAAAGGGGCUUCAACGAAGUCGUCUGGAGCCCAUGGACACAAUUUUUGUGAAGAAUGUGAGGGAAAAAGGCCCCGCUCACCUGGCUGGCUUGUGUACAGGAGACAGGCUGGUUAAAGUGAAUGGGGAGAGUGUGCUGGGUAAGACGUAUUCCCAGGUCAUUGCACUGAUUCAGAACAGUGAGAGUGUACUGGAGCUCUCCAUUAUGCCAAAGGAUGAGGAUGUGCUUCAGCUGGCAUAUUCCCAUGAUGCCUACUUAAGGGGGAACAAUCCCUAUACAGGAAAGGCCCAAAAUCUUCCUCCACCACCCCCUGUUCUCUACCCUCCUCGUACAAAAUCACAGUCUCCUGCAGGGUUCACCUGUCCUCCUUCAGCUUCUUCACACAUGGGGCAAAACCAACUGGACAACUGGAGCCGCUGGCCCGGCUCUUCUUCUGGUCCCUCACCACCCCUUGACAACCGGACUGUGGCCUCAAGCAAUGUUGUCUGGGCAGCCGAGGGCAGGAGUUGUGAGCCGGGAGGUGUUGGUCACAGUAGCCCUGCACACCGAACAGAGGAAAUCCAGUAUGGAAUGACUGACAGGGGACAGCAGCCAACUGGACAAAUGAGAGGACGCUCAUACUCAUCUUCUUCCUCCUCAGGAGGGAUGAUGAGUCCUUUGCAUCAUGGUCAUCUUGCCAAUCACAACAUGGGUACUGCCAUGGGGCACACUGGAAGCCGCAAGGGAAGCCCACCUUGGGCCAGCCCUUCUCAACCAACAUCAACACCACCAUCCAGCCGCAAUGAACGAACCCAACAAGCCCUUUCCAACUGGUACUACAGCCAGGUCCCAGGCCGUGAGCGAGAACGAGAGCGGGAGCGAUCUAGUUCUCGCUCAAUGCACCCACGCCACAGAAGUUUCUCACAAGAUCGUCUGGGAGAGCUUGGGAAGGCCAGGCGUUCUCAACAAGCAGGCUUUCCCCACAGUGCAUCGCAAGACACGUUGCUGCUACUUCAGCAGAGCGCCGCAGCAUAUGCUGAUCCUUACUGGAACCAUGGAGACUGGCGGGGUGAGCAUGUGUAUGGACAGCACCCAUCUGUGGUGGCUUACGGGCGAAAGUCCUCCGAAAAUCUUCUAGCAAGCCGGUACGGACACUCGGGACGCUCACUGGAAAAUCUCGACAGAGCUGUGGGGAUACUUUCACCAAGGGUUGAAAGAUCUGCUUGGGUCCAACAACCCCCAAAUAGGACUGAAGUCUAUGCAAGACAUGCUGGGCAUUUCGGCCAACACAUAGAGUCACUCCACCAAAUACACCACACACCCCAACACCACCAGAAUUUCACACAUGCAGCACACCAACACUCAUCUCAAAUCCCACAACCUCAGCAGGCAGCUCCAAUGGCAAGACGGUUGCCUUCUUGCCAGAGUCUAGAUGAGGAGCCGAUUGGCUAUCGUAGCUACAGUCCCUCAUUCAAUAGGAAAACUGGCCGUAUCCUGCAGCAGGCCCAGUCAUUUAGAGAUCCCUCUUACACAGGUCCACACCUUUGGACUCCAACAUCCAAAACCAGUCCCCCAGAGGGGCAUCCACCCACAGCCACUCCUUCCCCAGUCCCACCAACCACUUCCUCUUCAACUACGAUUUCCACACCAUCUGAAGGACAAGACAGAACUUACCGACCCACUAAUCACGACAGAGGGGCGGGGGAAGCGACAAGUGAAGCCCAGACACAGGAAGUGGUUCUGAGGCAGAAACCACCUACCGGCCGACGGGGUGCAAACGCCCUUCGACACCCACAUUAUGCAAUAGCACUUGACUCCAGUGACCCUCUACUCUUUACCACUGACCCCACGGAGCCCACUGCCAAGGCAGAAAGUGCUAUUUCUCAUCGCCGCACAGAUGUUAACCUUCCUCCACUAUCUAUUGAGGAUGACUCCCUUGCAUCAAUUCCAUUCAUCGAUGAGCCGACCAGUCCAAGUGCAGAUCUGCGGGCACGUCAUGUCCCCGCCUCCUCCGUCGUGUCCAGUGGCGGUAUAAACUCCGCCCCUGCUGUGGUCACAAGCCCCGCCUCCCCAACCUUCACCUUUCCCCUCAACCGCCUUUUCUCCCACAACUGCACAGGUGAUCCUAAAUCUAAUCGUCGCUCCUCUUACCUGUUGGCCAUCACCACUGAACGCUCCAAGUCAUGUGAUGAGGGGCUUAACGCUUAUAGAGAAGAGGGCCGGGUCUUCUCGAGGCUUCCAAAAAGAGUCAAGAGCUUCUUUACUGAAGGGUCUCUGGACAGUCUGGGUGCUGCUGAAGAGGCUCGCUCUAAACGACACUCUACCUCCGAGCUGGGCAGCAUCAGCUACAGUGACGUGAAGAGAGAAGGCUGGCUCCACUUUAAACAGAUCCACACGGAGAAGGGCAAGAAGGUGGGCAGUGCCAUCUGGCCAUGGAGGCGGGUGUUCUCUGUGCUUCGGUCCCAUUCUCUGUUCCUCUAUAAAGACAAGCGAGAGGCGGUGCUUAAAGGAGCACAACUAGGGGGCGGGGCUGAAGACGAGCAGCCAAUCAGCAUCCGGGGCUGCCUUGUGGACAUAGCGUACAGUGAAACGAAGCGCAAGCACGCGCUGAGAUUGACCACGCAGGACUUCUGUGAGUACCUGCUGCAGGCCGAGGACAGAGAGGACAUGCUGGAGUGGAUCCGAGUCAUCAGAGAGAACAGCAAGACUGACAACGAGGAAUUGGGUUUCUCACGACAAGCUCUCAUCAAUAAAAAGCUUAACGACUACAGGAAGCAAAGUCCAACGGGCAACAAACCAGACUCCUCACCCAGAGUGCAUCGGAUGACUUUCCUGCUCAGCAAGCCAGACAACAGCGCACCUCCACGCUCCCCAAAACACGAGGCCAAAGAUGAGAGCAGCCCCCCGAAAUCUCCCUGGGGUAUAAACAUAAUGAAGAAGAGCAAGAAGGCCGGUCCUAAAGCUUUUGGCGUCCGUCUAGAGGACUGCCAGCCUGCAGUAAACAACAAGUUCAUUCCUCAGAUUGUGGAGAUCUGCUGUGGGCUGGUGGAGGACAUGGGUCUGGAGUAUACAGGGAUCUACAGAGUGCCAGGAAACAAUGCUGUAGUGUCCAGUCUGCAGGAGCAGCUCAACAAAGGAGCAGACAUCAACAUCACUGAGGAGAAAUGGCAGGACCUGAAUGUGGUGAGCAGCCUGCUGAAGUCUUUCUUUCGUAAACUCCCAGAACCUCUCUUCACUGAUGAUAAAUAUAAUGACUUUAUCGAGGCCAAUCGGAUGGAGAAUGCAAGCGAUAGGCUGAGGACAAUGAAGAAAUUGAUUCGGGACCUACCAGAUUAUUACUUUCACACUCUGAAAUUUUUAAUUGGACACUUAAAGACGGUGGCUGACCACUCUGAGAAAAACAAAAUGGAGCCGCGUAAUUUGGCGCUGGUGUUUGGCCCCACUCUUGUCCGAACUUCAGAAGACAACAUGACAGACAUGGUCACCCAUAUGCCAGACCGCUACAAGAUUGUGGAGACACUCAUUCAGCAUUACACCUGGUUCUUCAGCGAAGAACAGGAAAAGGAUGAAAAGACCCCAGUGGACACAGAGGAUGUUCAGCCUGCCCCAAACAUUGAUCAUCUGCUCUCCAACAUUGGCCGUACAGGCAUGCUUGGUGAGGCUUCAGACUCAACCAACAGUGAUUCUGCAAAAUCUAAGGGGUCAUGGGGAUCAAAACGUGACUUUACUGCCAAGGAUAUCCUUACAUUAUCAAUUAUGUCGGCUGUGACCCGCAAACGGCGGAAGCGGCACAACGCCCGUCUCCUCGGCAGCAGCACAGACGACGAUUCUGAGCAUGAACCCUUUAAAUCCUGCAUCUCCGAGAAAGACGACCUGCAAGAGAUGGGGCAGGUUGCAUCCUUCUGUGCCCCACGAGCAGAGGGAGAGGAGGAUGAGGAUGAAGAGGAGGAAGAUGAUGAAGAGGAGGACGAGGGGGCUGAGAGACAGAAGGCACAAGAGCAGAAGGAAACAGUAGUCCCCAGCAUUUCCUCAACAGAGGAAGUGACAUCAGCAGUGCUGCUGAGCGAAGAGGAAGAGCAGAAGUCUGAAGUGAAAGGAGGACGCAGCUGGAGAUUAGAUGAUGCUCGGUCUAUUGUGUCAGGCUACUCUACUCUGUCCACUUUGGGGCGGAGCUUAGCUUCAGAGGGGCGGGGUGAGGAUGCAGAUGAUGAGCACAGUGAGCUAGUGAGUGAAACCGAUAAUGAAAGCGGGUUUGCCUCACGCUCCCUCACCCAAGAAAGGCCAGAAAAACCAAACCGUUCCAACCAGAACUCUCAUGCAUCUCCCGAACCAACCGCACCACAGAGUUUCCUCUAUGCCCACUGCAGAUCACCUACACCCUCUGGCUCCGCCCCGGCUCCACCGCCCCCUUUACAACACAUCACAAACAACCCAGAAGACAGCGCAGCACGCUCAUCUACUCCCUCAACCUCCUCUUACUCCUCAUCUGCCUCACAACGGCUGCACAGUCGCCACUCUUUCAACUCUCACCGCCUCAUACAGUGCGACACCCUUGCACGCCGUCGGACAAAGGCGGAUAAAGCCAAAGCUCCCUCGGUGGACCUUUCCGAACUCUCCAGCUCCUCUGCUGCAGAGGAAGACCGCCAAUCAGGUGCCAAUCAAAUCCCUGACACUUCUCCAUCUCCUUCUUCAAAAGCCAAAGGGUUUAGCAUAAGAAACGAGCGUACGCCAACAUCCAUGGUUGGUCCCGGAAGUAAGGGGUGUGUGUUGUCCCCCGGGCAAGGAUCCCUGGCGGAUCAGGUACGUGCUCGUCUGAUGGGCUCGGCGGAUGACCUGUGCAGCGUUGGCCUGAGGAAGCAGCUCUCGCCGGAGACGCGCCGGAAGAGACGCGCAUGGAGGAGACACACAGUGGUCGUCUCCCCUACGGAUUGUUCAGACAAAAAGCCAAUGGUCCAAAGCGCCAAACCUUUACCUUCACCCUCCCCUGUUGAAAAGCAGGAUGUCGGAGAGUCCCACCCAGAGUGCUCAGAGACUGAAGCCCCUACUGCACGUCGGGCCGUGCCUACCUCGCGCUUUCGUGAUUUCUUGUAGCAGUGGUGGUGUGUACAGGCUAGUGAACCAAGAGAGUUGGAUUUGGGUUGUGUUGUAGCUGCGUACUCGGUAUGUUCAAAGUGAGUUCACACUGACAGCGAUGCACACUUGCUUUUCACACUUUUAUCUUAAGGCAUAACCCCAGGACAGGUUAUCAUUGUUUUAAACAUUGCUUUUAUACCGAGCAAGUUACUUCUCACACUUGUAAUUUAGAAGCAAGAUUACUCCUUUUAACCCAGGGUUAUGAAACCCACCCUGCAGGCACAGGACGUCAUAUUGACAUUGAACCCCAACAUCAGGCCAACGUCAAUGUCUAAUGUCCAACCAAAAAUCAAUCAAAUAUCAACGUCUAAUCAUGUUACAACUUGACAUUGUGUGGACGUUACCACUAUGACAUCUGUCAGACGUUGGAUUUUGGUCACUUUCCAACACAACCUAAAAUCAACCAAAUAUCAACAUAAUUUAACGUUGUAUUGGACAUCAAAAUAAUUUCUUUAAACGCUGGCUAGACAUUGAAUUUUGAUCAAAUGACAUCACAACCUAAAUUUAACCUAAUAUUAACGUUUUAUGAUGUGUGCCUGCGGGGCAGUUACAGUGUAAGGUUUGGCAUUUCAGUGCUGUUUCCUUUAUCCUCUAAUAAGUUUAACUUUAUACUUUAACUAUAAGCAACAAACUUCUGAUCUUGUCCAAUCAAUGACAGUUACACUGCAAAUAUGCAAAUAAGGAUGAUAACCAAGGGUUUAGGAUUGUUGAGUGUAAAAUAUCAGAGUAUAAAUACAAAUUAUUUAUUUAUCAAGUCAAGUCAAGUUGGUUUUACUGUCAUUUCAGCAAUAUACAGUGCAGAACACAGUGAAACGAAACAAUGUUCCUCCAGGACCAAGGUGCUACAUCAAACAACAUAAACUGACAACAUAAUACAGGUCUGUGCACUACUAUAAAAAUGUAGAGAAUAAAAUAAAAUAAGAUAAACUAAAAUAAAAAUAAAUAAAAUAAGAAACUUGGAAGCUGGAAACUUAUUGAAACUCUAGUGGUCUAACGCUAAUGGUCUCAUCCAAUUCCAUGAUAUAUGCUAAGCUAAGCUUAAAGUGCUCUCACCAGACUCAGAGAUCAGCUGAAUGGGUUAAAAUAUUGUAAAACUCAACUGUUUAACUGUAACUCUGAGUUUUCCUUUAAGAACAAUGGACUAAGGUUAAAGGGAUAGUUGAAAAGUGAAACUCCUGUCAUCAUUUACUCUCUAUUCACUUGUUCAAAACCAAACAAACAGAAAUUCAAAUGAAACUGCAGUAACUGUUUUCAGACCUGUAGAUUUUUUGCUUUGUUUAAUGCUUGAUUUUCAUAUUUGUAUGGAAAAUUACCUCCUUGAUUUGGUUUGUUUCACUUUCAUGAACUAAAACGAGUUCACUCGAGUCAUGUGCAUAAGAGGGACCAGAUUUUAACCAGAUAAAAACCUAUUGAGAUCAAGCUCUUAUUUACAAGGGUGACCUGGCCAAGAGGUGAAAAAUCUAAUAAUAUUAAUCAUAAAUACACAAUUAAGAUAACAUAAAAAUACAGUUAGUUGUUCAGCUAUACCACAUGACAAUAUGUUAAAAACACUUACAUUGAAAAUGGACUGUUGUUGUUUAUUAUGAAAGAUGGAGCAAAAAGAUUUGAUUGGGAUGAGCUCAGAUAUUUUUAGUUCAGUCUGAAGAGCACUCCAGGUUUAGAGGGUGGCAUAACUAAAGGCUCGCCUCCCCAUUUCAGUUCAAACCCGGGGAACAGUCAAAUGAUAAGAUUCACUUGAACGUAGUGCAUACUGGCUUUUUGACUUAUGAAGAAGGGAACUUCGUUAUAAAGGCACCAGACCCAGAAGAGCCUUGUAGACCAGAGUCAUCCAAUGGGACUACCUUCUUACGUUCAGAGAAGGGCACGCUUUGGUAUACAGUUCACAAUGGUGAGUUAGUCUCUGACAGCCUGUAACAAACCUCAGAGCGCUGUGGUAAACAGAAUAUAAAGGCUGAAGACAUUUGGUUGAAGCAUUCAUAUAUAAAAGAUCAUCGUAGUCAAUCAAUGCUAAAAUUGUUGCAGACACCAAAUUUUUAUGAGCUUUAGGAGAAAAGCAGGAUCCAUUUCGAUAGUAAAAUUCAAGCUUAACUCUUAAUUUUCGAACCAACUUUGCUAUGUGUGUAAGGGAGAAAAUGCACCAAUUUCUCUAAAUGAGUCUGUUUUGAAGUGUCAUCUGUAAUGAGAAAUAGGAAGGAAAUAGGCAAAUUUCUGCCUCAUUUAAAAGGUCAUCUAAAGAAAUUUGUGCCCCCCCCCCCCGCCAAUUUUAGCUUAGCCUGGGCCUGUCUUGUUUUUAUUGUCACUGUAUCACAUAAUUUCCAAAAACGAGUACUCUUAUUUAAGCAAAUGAGUGAUCAUCAUGGCCUCCGAUGAUUCUCUUUGUCUCUGCAGAUCGCUGUUGGUGUGAACGGUCCUUUAGUUUGCCGUGUUGAGUACAAAAUGCAAACUCUAUUAUACUAUACUUUACUACACUAUACUAUACAAUGUAAAGCCCUUGGUUAAGUCGAAUUUACAUCACUCUUACUUACUCACUGUUGCCAAAGUUUUUUCUUCCUUUCACGUUUCCUUGUUUUUUUAACCUUGGCAAGUCACACGACAACAUUCAGCUCUUCAAAAUGACUGCCAAGACCCUCACGACCUACAUGUCCCAGAGUGCUUUAAUGUCCCAGACAAACCGAGAGCGUGCCGGUACAGUAUUGGUUAAACAGUGUUAUCAAACGAGAACAGUGUUGAUAGUGACAGUUUUACUAGAUUUAACACAGGCCGUUGAGCUCAGAGCAGGUGCGUAACUCUACCAGUAACUCGCUCCAUUAAGAAACAUAAGACGCAGUGUGUGGCGUUCACCUUCCUACAUGUUCAUCUACACUGAGUGACGGCUCAUUGGUGAAAUCACUUCAGAUGAGCGAGUAUGUGUGUCUGAAAUAGCCUGUGUAAACCGUAUGUGGUGGAGUAUGCGUGUGUGUCAAAUGAUUUUGUAACAUUUGUACAAAGCCUUGCUUAAGUUAACCUUGUAAAUACACAUAUUAUAUUGUCAUUUCCUUUUAUUUCUCUUUUAUUUUGGCUUUUAUAUGGUUUACAAUAGUGCGCUUAGGUGCACGGUCAUUUCUUUCAAGAUGUUACUUGAAAUGUUGUUGUUUUUUUCCUUGAUAUUUUUCGUUGGUUUGUUUUAUACACAGUAUAUAUUAUACAUAUAUUUUGUAUGAAUAUAAUAAGUACUUUUAUUUGGAAAUCUUGGGGUGUACCUGUUUUAACUCCACUAGACUGUUUUCCCUGUUAAUGGCCUUUCUCUGUGACUUACAAAUACUAUGCAGAAAUCUAUUCACCUCAAUGCAAAAUACAGAGAUCUAACCUGCAAAGAGUGUCUGUCACAAGCUAUAAUAAAUUCUUAUUGCAGAGCGUA